AUGCCUCCUAAGAAGUCGGAGAUCUCCAAGAACGACCCCAAGAGAGCUGGGAAGAAAAAAGAAUAUUCCAUGGAGUCGCUAGAAGAGUUGGAAGGUGAUCUGACAAAAACUCAUCCAGAAGAAUCCACGGACUCGGAAGAUGAGUUGGAAGUGGAAGGUGAGAUGUCCAAGAAUUGCUGCAUCUACACUGUACCCAAGACGCUGGCAGAUAUCAACACGAAGAAGGCGUACGAGCCCCGGGUCGUCUCCAUCGGGCCCUACCACGGCGGCGAGGAACAAGUCCAGGCGAUGAAGAAGCACAAGCGGCAGUUCCUCAUCAGCCAUUUACUCCAUAGGAAACAAAUAAGUUUAAAUGACUUAUUGGAAAGCAAAAGCAUAAGCCGACUUGCAAAGAAAGCGAGCAAGUAUUAUUCCAAAGAUAUCAAUUACCUCGAGAACGACGAGAUGGAAUGUCGGUUCCUGAAGUUGAUGGUGCUUGAUGGUUGCUUCUUGAUAGAGUUGUUUAAAAAGGCUGACAAAGUAGAGAAAGUGUUCGAACGCGACGACCCUCUGGCCACCAUGGCUUGGGCAGUACCAUAUAUAUACGGGGACCUUCUUCUGGUUGGGAAUCAGAUCCCCUUUUUUGUUCUGGAAGAAUUAUUUCAAACUUUCAAAAUGCCUGGGGACUCCGAUGCUUCCUUGUCCUUGCUGGCUUUGAAAUUCUUAAACAAAGUAAUGCAAAGGCCCGACGGAGUCAUAGACAAUUUCCUCAAGAGGGCAACACGCAAUAAUUAUCCAAAACCAUUGCACUUGCUGGACUUGGUUCGGUCAAGUUUGCUGCUCCAGCCCGAUCAAGAAGAGACCCGUAUUGCCAUUUCCAAUUCAGAGCCAUCAAACAAGAGAAAAGAUCUUAUUUACUGCAUCUCAAAGCUCCGCCGAGCGGGGAUUAAGCUCCGAAGGAGAGAAGCUGACAGCUUCUUGGACGUGAAAUUCAAGAAGGGGAAGGGGAUAUUCUGCAACGGAGUAAUCGAGAUGCCGAAUAUAACCAUAUAA